GCAAAACAGGCCGUUCACAACUUGCUGCACGCGAAGGAACUGCGCAGGCAACGAACCGUUUUAUGACAGCAAUUACUACACUGUAGUUUGUAAAUAUAGAAUUACCAACUGAUACACCAAACGGCUGUUAAUGAAUUGUUUCUAAAUCGUGUGAAUUGCAGUCUAAAGCUGCACAAAAACCCCUCUUCCGCAAAAUACCGAACAGUGGGGAGCAACUCGAAUUCUGUAGCUAACUUAACUAACGUUAGCUAUACCACGGGCUAACUAAUUUGUUGUACGUUUUAAUUAUUUAUCUAAAUGUCGGACACUCCGGGGGACGGAAAGUUGGAGCUGAAACAAGCCAGCAAAGAAGUAAAGGAGAGCGAGAACGUGGCUGAAAAAUACUCAGCCAUGACGGUGAGCAAGAACAGCGAAAUUACCAUGGGUGAACUGUCAGUGUCGUCUGCUGCGUUCAGUGCGGUCCCUAUUCACAAACCUGUUAAAAAGCAAAUCCAGUUUGUGGAAGACAAGCAGGAGUUCAGCAGGUUCCCUACCAAGGCUGGCCGACGCUCGCUGUCUCGAUCCAUCUCUCAGUCAUCCACGGACAGCUACAGCUCCGCUGCAUCCUACACAGACAGCUCUGACGAUGAGACUUCACCACGGGACAAAACACAGCUCAACUCCAAGGGCACCAGUGACUUCUGUGUGAAGAACAUCAAACAGGCCGAAUUUGGUCGUCGCGAGAUUGAGAUUGCAGAACAAGAUAUGUCAGCAUUAAUCUCCCUCAGGAAGAGAGCCCAGGGAGAGAAGCCACUUGCUGGGGCAAAAAUUGUUGGCUGCACUCACAUCACUGCCCAGACUGCAGUGUUGAUUGAGACUCUGGUGGCCCUGGGGGCCCAGUGUCGCUGGACAGCCUGUAACAUCUACUCCACACAGAACGAGGUGGCAGCUGCCCUCUCAGAGAUUGGUGUGGCGGUUUUUGCCUGGAAGGGGGAAUCUGAGGAUGACUUCUGGUGGUGUAUCGACAAGUGCGUCAACAUGGAGGGCUGGCAGCCUAACAUGAUCCUUGACGAUGGAGGGGACUUGACCCACUGGGUGUAUAAGAAAUACCCCAACGUCUUCAAGAAGAUCAGGGGCAUUGUGGAGGAGAGUGUGACUGGGGUCCACAGGUUGUACCAGUUGUCCAAAGCAGGCAAGCUGUGUGUGCCAGCCAUGAACGUGAAUGACUCUGUGACAAAGCAGAAGUUUGACAACCUCUACUGCUGCAGAGAGUCUAUCCUGGAUGGCCUGAAGAGGACCACAGAUGUGAUGUUUGGAGGAAAGCAGGUUGUUGUCUGUGGUUAUGGAGAGGUUGGGAAAGGUUGCACUGCCGCACUGAAAGCCAUGGGAUCCAUCGUCUACGUCACAGAGAUUGAUCCCAUCUGCGCCCUGCAGGCCUGCAUGGACGGCUUCAGGGUGGUCAAGCUGAACGAGGUCAUCCGCCAGGUGGACGUCAUCAUCACAUGCACUGGUAAUAAGAACGUGGUGACCAGGGACCAGCUGGACCGCAUGAAGAACGGCUCCAUCGUGUGCAACAUGGGACACUCCAACACUGAGAUUGACGUGGCGAGCCUGCGGACCCCAGAACUGACCUGGGAGAGAGUGCGCUCUCAGGUGGACCACGUCAUCUGGCCUGACGGCAAGAGGGUCAUCCUGCUGGCCGAGGGUCGUCUUCUGAACCUCAGCUGCUCCACAGUUCCCACCUUCGUCCUGUCAAUCACAGCCACGACCCAGGCUCUGGCCCUUAUUGAGCUGUACAAUGCUCCAGAGGGCCGCUACAAACAGGAUGUCUACUUGCUGCCCAAGAAGAUGGAUGAGUAUGUUGCCAGCCUGCACCUGCCCACCUUUGAUGCCCACCUGACUGAGCUUUCAGAUGAGCAGGCCAAGUACCUGGGUCUCAACAAGAAUGGCCCAUUCAAACCCAACUACUACAGGUAUUAGCUUGCAUAAAUGGACCACAACUCUGCACUCCUUGACUUGGACAAGGCCUGGAUGACCAGAAGAUAAUGAAAUCUAUAUUUAAUUUUUUAAAGACACUGUUUUUGUUUUCAAAUCAAGCUCUAUUCCGUCAUCUUCAGUAAAUGUUACCCUGUUUCA